AUGAAGAUUCUCAGCUGGAAUUGUCGGGGCCUGAGCAACCCGCGUGCAAUUCCGAAUUUGCGACAGCUAGCUCAAAAACAUCGUCCUGAUGUUUUAUUUCUGUCGGAAACAUUAUCGAAGAAGCAGAAACUUGAAAGUAUCCGUGUUAUGUUACAAUUUGACUCUUGUUUAUCGGUUGAUGUCGUCGGAAGAAGCGGUGGAUUGGCGGUGCUGUGGAGGGACUCUGCUAAUUGUAGAAUUGUCAACUUCUCUAGGAAUUAUGUGAAUAUAUUGGUUGAGGAUGAGAUGAAAGGAGUUUGGCGACUUACUUUUUACUAUGGCUAUCCGGAGAGAAAUCGGAGAAGAGAUGCGUGGUCUAUGCUUCGUGAGCUUAGAGAUUUGUCGCAUGAGCCGUGGUGUGUCAUUGCUGAGGAAGUAUUCUUUCAAAUUGAGAACGCUUGGCUAAAAAAUGAUGAACUAGAAGAUGUGGUAAGGAAAGGGUGGCAGGCUGCUAAUAACAAUGGGGUGCUGAACCGAAUAAGCAACUGUGCGAAGGAGUUGACAAGAUGGAAUAGGGUGAAUGGAAAAGAACAGCGCUACACACUGUCACUUCAUAUGGCAGCCAUGGAAGCGGCGAGAUCGGCGAAUGACGAAAGGGCAGCAGCUAGAUUUAUUGAGGCACAAAGGGAGUAUAACAAAAUUCUGAUCCAGGAGGAGAUUUUUUGGAAACAAAGAGCAAAAAUGCAUUGGCUACAAUAUGGCGAUUCGAAUACGAAGUUUUUCCAUAGGUCGGCUACUGUUCGGAAGAGAUUCAAGAGAAUAGAUUCGCUUAUGGAUGAAACAGGGGCCGUGGUAAAAGAACAAGAGGAUCUAAGUCGGAUCGCAAAAACUUAUUUUGAAGAACUGUUUGUUGCAAAGCCGGGGCUGUAUGAUCCGGUCUUGAAUUGUGUUCAGCCGGUUAUUACUCAGGAUGACAAUAGUAAGUUGAUCUCGCAUAUCACUAAAGUGGAAUUAUAUGAAGCUCUUACUCAGAUGCACCCGAAUAAGUCUCCGGGUCCCGACGGGUUUAAUCCGGCUUUCUACCAACACUUUUGGUAUUUGUGUGGUGAUGAUAUCUUUCAUGCUGUGACUACGUGGAUGACCAGGGGUUUUUUCCCACCUGAGCUUAAUGAGACUAACAUAUGUCUUAUACCUAAAUGUCCUAAUCCUAAGAAUAUGAAGGAUCUCAGGCCCAUCUCUCUUUGUAAUGUUGUGUACAAGUUAAUUUCCAAGGUACUUGCCAAUCGGUUGAAGUUGGUUUUAGAUAAGUGUGUUUUGGAGGAGCAAUCGGCUUUCAUUGAAGGGAGAUCCAUUCUUGACAACGCUAUGGUAGCUACUGAAAUUAUUCAUGCGUUGAAAAGAAAGACGAGUGGUAACAUGGCUAAUCUGGCGCUAAAGAUUGAUAUUAGUAAAGCCUACGAUAGAGUUGACUGGGGUUUUCUGAGAGAGAUCAUGAGGCGCAUGGGGUUUGAUGAGAGAUGGAUUCAUUGGUUGUUGAUGUGUGUAACUUCGGUGCAUUAUUCGGUGCUCGUUAAUUCUGAUAGAGUCGAACCCAUUUUUCCUGGAAGGGGAUUGAGACAAGGCGAUCCUUUGUCACCUUAUCUGUUUAUUCUAGUUUUUGAAGGCCUUUCUGCUCUCAUUAAAAGAGCCGUUUCACGCGGAGAUAUUCAUGGAGCACAUAUAUGCAGGGGGGCACCUAGUGUGUCUCACUUGCUUUUUGCUGACGAUUAUUUUCUAUUUUGCAGGGCAAAUAUUAUGGAGGCGUCUAACCUUAUGGGGAUUUUAAAAAUUUAUGCUGAUGUGACGGGUCAAGUGAUUAAUCUUUCUAAAUCCGAAGUGUUUUUCAGUCGUAACCUGAGUGGGCCAGCUCAAGAGGAUUUAGCCAAAUUGAUGGGGGUGAGACGUGUUAUAGGAACAGGGACUUAUUUGGGUCUACCGUCAAUGAUUGGGAGAAGUAAGAAGGCAAUGUUCUCUUUUAUUAAGGAUCGGAUAUGGAGAAGAAUCAAUUCUUGGAGUGGUAGGUCUUUAUCUAAAGCGGGGAAAGAGGUUAUGAUUAAAUCAGUGCUUCAGUCGAUUCCGGCUUAUAUUAUGAGUAUCUAUUUGAUUCCGGAUGGGGUGACGGAGGGAGGUUUGGGAUUUAGGGAUUUCAAAGCUUUCAAUAUGGCUAUGGUGGCAAAACAAGGUUGGAAUUUUUUGGGGAAGCCCAAUUCUCUUGUAUCUAGAAUCUUCAAAGCAAGGUACUUUCCUCACUCAUCUUAUAUAGAUUCAAAGGUUGGCAACAAUCCGAGUUUUGUUUGGCGUAGUUUGUGGAAAGCUAAGGAGGUGUUAAAGAUUGGGAGUAGGUGGAGUAUAGGAGAUGGAAGGAGUAUCAAGGUGAUGCAUGAUCCAUGGCUUCGUGAAAAAGGAAGUCGAUGGGUUGGAGGACCACAAAACCAAGAUGCGCAUGAACUUUAUGUUAAGGAUCUCUUUCUUCCCAAUGUCAAACAAUGGGAUGUGGGUAAGGUGACUAAUCUUUUUGAUCAUGUGGGGGCUGAAUCUAUUCUUAAAGUUCCUUUGGUGGAAGAGGUUAAGGAGGACAGGUUGGUUUGGCAAGAGGAGCAAAAUGGUGAAUAUAGUGUGAAGUCGGGUUAUAGGAUUUGGAGAGAGAAGCAAAGUAGCUCUCGGGAUCUUGGGGUGGAAGGAAAUUGGAAGAAGUUGUGGAGUAUAUCUGCUCCGUCUAGAGCGAAGCAUCUUUUAUGGCGUAUUUGUAGAGGUUGCCUUCCAACUCGUAUAAAGCUACAACAACACCAUGUAAUUUGCCCCCUCUCUUUGUCCUUGGUCUGUGAGGACCGUAGGGAUGCAGGAAGAUUUACGGUCAUGCUUGAGGCUCUUUGGAGAAGUAGGAAUAAUGUGGUAUGGCUGGAUAGUCGAGAAGAUGCAAUAAGAAUUGGCUUACAAGCCUACCACAAUUGGUAUGAUUGGUUUCAAGCCAAAGAGGAGUCUGUGGUGUGCGAUAAUAAUACUAAUUCCGUUGAUUGGAUUCCACCUAUGGUUAACCGGGUGAAAUGCAAUGUUGAUGCAGGUUUUAAUAAUGUUCGUGGAUCGACUAAUAGAGGGUGGUGCUUUAGAGAUCAUUUGGGAAGAUUCAUCAGUGCAGGUGCUUCGUGGGAUGUGGGACUCUUGUCCGUUUUUGAAGCCGAAGCUAUUGCUUUAAAGGAAGCUAUCCAGCAUGCUAUUUCCUCCCAAUUUUCUCAUGUUACAUUUGAAUGUGAUUGCCAAGUUAUUGUCAAUUCUAUCCAUACUAAGCAUGUUGGAUCCUCUGAAUUUAGUUUUAUCAUUAAGUCUGUUCAGAAUUUGUUGUGCUCUUUUCCGAACUUUGAGGUUAAGUUCAUUAAGCGCCAAGCGAAUUCUGUUGCCCAUACAUUAGCUAAGGCGGCCAAUUCUUGGACUAGGCGCUUGAGGGUGAAUGUCCAAAAAUGCUCCAUCAAUUUUGGGGUUGUUGAGGAGAAGGUCAAAGGUGAAAUCCUGCAGCAGACUGGGUUUAAGGAGGGUUAUCUUCCCUUUAAAUACCUUGGCAUCCCUAUAACUGAUAAAAAGUUGGCUAUCAAACACUACUUGCCCCUGAUCGAGAGAAUUGUGAAUAGGGUUACUCAUUGGAGUGCCAAGCUCCUCACGUAUGCUGGCAGACUCCAAUUGGUCCAGAGUGUGAUUUUUGCCACGGUGAACUUCUGGAUGCAAUGUCUUCCUCUGCCCAAGGUUGUAAUUCAGAGGAAUGAUGCUAUUUGUAGAAGCUUUAUUUGGUUUGGGAGUAGUACAAUCUGCAGAAAAUCUCCAGUUGUGUGGCAUAAGGUCUACAGUCCUAAGAAGAAUGGUGGCAUGAACUUGAUUGAUUUGUCUGUGUGGAACAGGGUCCAGCUGAUGAAACUGUUAUGGAACAUCCAUAGGAAAUCUUACAACAUAUGGAUCCGAUGGAUCCAUGCAUACUAUGUUAAGAAGGAUAAUGUGAUGAACAUGGAUUGCAGGCCUAGUUUCUCUUAG